AUGGCUCAACCGAUAACCCCCGCUCAACUGGAUGAUUUGUUCAACGGCUCCGCUCCGUUCGCGCUGGUGGAUGUCCGGGAGGCCGGCGAGUACAACGCCAGCCACAUUCCCGGCAGCAGCCUGAUGCCACGACGGAUGCUGGAAUUCGACCUGCCGGUUGCAAUCCCCCACAUUGAUAGCCUCACCGUGCUGUGCGACGACGACGGUCAGCGCGUGGCGAAAGCCGUGGCGACGGUGGAAGCGAUGGGGUACUCCAACGUGGGGUGGCUGGACGGCGGAGUGAACCGCUGGAUGAGCCUGGACUAUCCCACCGAGUGGGGUGUGAAUGUGCCCAGCAAGGAUUUCGGCGAGAAGGUGGAGGUGGUUCACCACGUGCCGGAGAUCGAUGCCAUCGAGUUGCGUUCCCGCAUGGAUCUGGGCGAGAAGAUGGUGAUUCUGGACACGCGGACGCCGGAGGAAUACCGCCGAUUCUGCAUUCCCGGUGGGCAAAGUUUGCCGGGCGGAGAACUGGCGCUGCGGAUAACCGACGUUACUGCUGACCUGGACCCGGAUACCACGGUGGUCAUAAAUUGCGCCGGCAGAACACGGAGCAUCAUUGGAACGCGAAUAUUGCAGCGGAUGGGCCUGGAUCGCGAUAUCGUUGGACUGAAGAACGGCACGUCCGGAUGGGUGCUGGCCGGUUACGAGCUGGAAUCCGGCGCGGACCGGGACGAACUGCCGCAGGUUUCAGCCGAAGGCCGCGCCGCCGCCGAAGCAUACGCCGACCGAUGCGCCGCCGAGGAUGGCGUAGAUUUUCUGGACGUUGUCGGGCUGGAACGGCUGGCUGAACGCAGCCGCAGCGAGACCGUUUACUUCAUCGACGUGCGCACCGCCGAGGAAUACGCUGCCGGACACAUUCCGGGCUUCCGGUGGUUUCCUGGCGGUCAAUGCGUGCAGAGGAGCGACGAUGUGGCCGUGGUGAAAAAUGCUCCCCUAGUGUUCUGCUGCGACGGACGGGCGCGGGCGGCGCUGACCGGGUCGUGGUACCGACAGCUGGGUCACGGAGAGGUUUAUGCGCUGAACGGUGGGACUGAGGCAUGGGCGGUGGCCGGCAAGUCGCUGGAGUCGGGCCGCAACGUGGGAGCCCGCUUUGAUGGGUCCAUCGGCGGGGCCGGCGAACCGGAAUUGGUAACCGCAGCCCGAAAUUCAGUUCCAUCCAUCACGGCGCAGGAGCUGGAAUCGGACCGGCCCGAUGCCAUCCUGUUUGUAGAUACGAGCCAGGACUUCUCCAGGGGCCACGUGCCCGGCGCGCACUGGGUUCCCCGAGGCUGGCUGGAGUGGCAGGUGGCCGAGCAUGUGGCGUCUGAGGACGCUCGGGUGGUGGUGACCUGCGGCGAUGGCCGGCAAUCACUCCUGGCGGCAGCGACGCUGCAGUCGAUGGGAUUUACCAAUGUUGGUGUUCUGGACGGCGGUGUGGCGUCGUGGCGCGCAGCUGGACUGCCGGUGGAAACCGGGCUCUCCGGUGUCAUGCGAACGCCGGCCGACGUGGUGUUCAGCGGCCCCGACCGCACGUACGCCGACAUGCAGAACUACCUGCGGUGGGAGGAGCAGCUGGGCGACAAGUACGCCGCUGCCGACUGA